UUUAAAAAAAAAUAACAUUUGUCUUUUCUUUUGUGUCCGCGUUCCGUUUCCGUUGACGUUUCUUAAUUCUUUCAGGCAAAAUUCUCCAAAAAUGAAGGCUAAAGGAGAGUUGAAGGAAUAUGAGGUCAUCGGCCGCAAGCUCCCAUCGGACAGUGAGCCAAAACCUCCACUCUACAAAAUGAGAAUCUUUUCACCUGACCCCAUUGUAGCCAAGUCCCGUUUCUGGUAUUUCUUGAGACAAUUGAAGAAGUUCAAGAAAACCACAGGAGAAAUUGUUUCUAUUAAGGAAAUCCCAGAAAAGAGUCCAGUGAAAAUUAAGAACUUUGGUAUUUGGCUGCGAUAUGAGUCCCGGUCGGGCGUACACAAUAUGUACCGUGAAUAUCGCGACUUGAGCGUUGGUGGCGCCGUCACGCAGUGCUACCGCGAUAUGGGUGCUCGGCAUCGCGCGCGGGCACACUCUAUACAGAUAAUUAAAGUGGAAGUAAUAAAGGCUGCGGCGUGCCGGCGACCACAAGUCAAACAGUUCCACAACAGCGCCAUCAGAUUCCCGCUGCCGAAACGUGUACACCACCACAAACGUCUCAACACAUUCGCCUACAAGAGGCCCAGUACAUACUUCUUGUAAUUUUAAUAAUAAUGAGACUAUCAACAAUAAAAUCCAUGUAAUGUGGAAUCUAUUAAAAAGUUUGAAUUAUUUUUA